GUUCUUCGCAGUAGCUCGACGGCCCCAAGGUUCACACCCCCUUGCUCGCCAGUCAAGGUCGCGUCGCCCCAGCAGAAAAGCGAAAAGCUAACGCCUCCCCAAGCGGAGCUAACGUAACCCUCCACCCUCCACGAGUCCACCCCAAUGGAUAUUGGAGACGCCGCCGUCGCGCGCGCCCGCCGCUGCGCGGUGCGGAUAUUUGGGAUAAGCUUUUUGCAAGCAGAGGGCAGAAGGGGAAAAGCUUCAGAGUCAGGGCCAGGGGUCCCUCUCACUCGCUCGCUCCUGUCUCUGUCUCCCCUGAAGGAACGUGGUGGCUUGCCGGCGCGCGUUGGACUCAUAUUUAUGGCCCAUCCCGUCUUCUCGGGUCGACGUUGAAUGCCUCUUCUUGAUUCCUGUCUUGCUCAACUUCACGUCCACUAAUUUCAACGUCGUCCAUCCCAUCACGUCCUAUAUCUUACUGAUAUAUCAACCUAAUACCGUGUAAUACUCACAACAACCACACAACGUUCACAAUGAAGUUCACUCUCGCCCUCGUUGCCGCCGGCCUUGUCGUCGCCCAGGACUUCUCUGGCCAGCCCUCCUGCGCCAUUCCCUGCCUUACCGAUGCCAUCCCCAAGGUUGGCUGCGCCCUGACCGACACCGCCUGCCAGUGCACCAAGGAGAAGCAGGAGGCCCUCGUCCCCGUCGCCGCCUCCUGCCUGCUCGCCGCCUGCAAUUCUGCCGACCUCGGCAAGGCCCAGUCCGCCGCCGCCGCUGCUUGCGCCGCCUACGCUGCCACCGCCGGCUCUGCCCAGCCCAGCGCUACCUCUGCUGCGGCUUCCGCCUCCGCCUCCGCUUCCGCUGCUGCUUCCUCGGCUGCCGCCUCCGUCUCCGGUGCCGUCUCCUCUGCUCUCGCUUCCGUUAGCGCCAGCGCGAGCGCCGCCCUGUCUUCUGCCUCUGCUUCCGCCUCUGCCAUCGUCACCUCUGCCCGUAACGCCACUGCCUCCGUCAGCAGCGCUACCCUCUCUGUCUCCCGUACCGCUUCUACUGCUGUCACUGGCACCGGUACAGGCGCCAGCGCUACUGCCACUUCCACCGGCAACGCUGCUCCCCAAGGCGGUGUCGCUGUUGGUGGCCUUGCCCUUGCUGCCAUUGCUGGUAUCGUUGCUGCUAUGUAAAGGGGUUGACAUUUGACGAUGGUUCUGGGGAGGGACUGCCUCCUGGAAAGGGGUAGCAUGUACGCACAUACUGUGUAGAUGAAACUACGCCAUAGGAAUCGUAUGUGUAGGAUGAAUUAAAGCAACUGGACGUCUAGACUUAAUGAGGAUGGGCGGAAGAAUUAGGAAGAAGAAAAAGUUCAUGAUCAUGGCCUGGUUUGUUGCUAUUGGCGCAACUGUCUAGCAAAGACGCAGGAUAACAUACUUUUUAAUCAAAUAUACCAAAUACACAAGAUCAACAAUCCGC